AUGCUGCCCAGCCCCCAGGCCGUGGCCGGGGCCGCGCUGGACUGCUUCGCAGCGCUGCCCAGGACCGGGAAGCCCCAGGCGCACGAGCACACGGUGCUGGCGGCGAUCGUGCUUUCCACCCCUACCCCCCAUUGCCCCCCCACACUCUGCGUCGCGGCCCUGGCCACCGGCACCAAGUGCCUGGGGGCGUCGGCCCGCGACCCCGGCGGCGCGGCCCUGAACGACUGCCACGCGGAGGUGCUGGCGCGCCGCGCCUUCCUCCUGUUCCUGCAUGCCCACGCCCGGGACCUGGGCUCGCAGGGCGCUGUAAACCCGCUGUGUCGCGAUGAGGAGGGGGGAGGAGGGUGCGGCGCUCCCCGCCUCCGCCUGCGGCCGGGGGUGGGGGUACACCUGUACGUCAGCCAGCCGCCGUGCGGGGACGCCUGCGUGCACGACGCCGACGGACGGGAGGCGGCGCAUGGCAGCGCUGGCGGGACCCUGGGCGAGGCCAGGUCACAGGAGAAUGCUGCUUCUGCCUCGGAUGACCGCGAGGUCUUAGGGAAAACUGGGUGUACCCUGAAUGACAAGCACAAGCAGGACGACCCGUCGCCCACCCGUACUCUGCCCCGCACCGGCGCCAAGCUCCUGGGACUGGAGUCCCAGGAACAGGCCCUGGGCGCCGCCCCGGCCACCAUCCCCGAGCCUCACACCCGCGCACAGGCCUCCGGGCACCUGCGCCGCAAGCCCGGGCGCGGGGAGGGCACGCUGAGCAUGUCGUGUAGCGACAAGCUGGCGCGCUGGCGCCUGCUGGGCCUGCAGGGCGGCCUCUGGUCGCGCCUGCUGGCGGCGCCCCUGGCCCUGGAGUCGGUCACGGGCCUGACAGGUGUGCUGGGGCUGCGCUCCGGGCACAAGCGCAAGUUGGGCGAGGGCAUCAGGCCCAGCGCGGCGUCGGCCGCCUCCAGACUGCGGCUGGGGCGCAGUUUCGUGGACCUGCUGCGCCUGCUGCAGGCAGGGGGGGCGGGUGAGGACGCGGCUGGGGUGCAGCGUGCGGGAGAUCCCGAGUUGCCGGGCGCGGCGACGAUGGUGUCGGGGCCGCGACUGGCCCUGCUUUCUUACGGCGAGGUGAAGGCCCGGUGCGGUGUGGAGUACUACGAGCGCUGGGCCGGCCUGCGCCGGCACGCCUUCUUCGAGCACUGGAUCCCCAAGCCCCCCGCCGAGCUCCACCUGAAUGUCAGCGGCCUGUCCCUGUAG